AUGCCCGGUGACUGGGCUGACGACAACGAUACCCUGCCGCCCGCGCCCGGCGGCGGCGGCGGUGACAGCGGCAAGCCGGCCUACGUGCCCCCUCACCUGCGUAACCGCCCCGCGGGAGACCGCGACAGGGACCGCGGCGGCUUCGACAGGCGCGACGACCGGAGAGGAGGAGGCGGCUCUUACGACAGGGGACGCGGCGGCGACUACGGCGGCGCGUUCGGCGGCCGCAGGGGCGGCGACGAUUACGGAGGACGCCGCGACGAUUUCGGAGGCGGAUCUCGCGGCGGCGGCUGGGGCGGCCGCGACGAUCGCAGGGGCGGCGGCGGCGGCGGCUGGGGCGGGUCGUCCCGCAACUACCGCGAGGAGGACCCGUUCGCGAAGCAGGAGGCGGAGGACCGCCGCGCGAACGAGACGAUGGGCGAGGCUGGGUCCAUCGCCAUCCACAAGCCCGGCGAGGAUGCGCCCGUGUACGGCGAGUCCACCGGCAUCGACUUCGACGCGUACGAGGACAUCCCGGUGGAGACGUCGGGGCACGAUUGCCCGGAGCCCAUCAAGCUCUUCGCCGACAUCGACUUCGGCGCCGCCAUCAACCGCAACAUCCAGCGGUGCAAGUUCAAGAACCCCACCCCGGUGCAGAAGUACGCAAUCCCAAUCUCGCUCAAGCGUCGCGACCUGAUGGCGUGCGCGCAGACGGGUUCGGGCAAGACGGCCGCCUUUUGCUUCCCGAUCAUCCACGGCAUCAUCGACCGCGGGCUCCAGGCCCCGCGGGGGGGACGCAAGACGUUCCCCAUCGCGCUCGUGCUCUCGCCGACGCGCGAACUCGCCAUUCAGAUUCACGAGGAAUCGCGCAAAUUCGCCUAUCAGACGGGCGUCGCGUCCGUCGUGGUGUACGGAGGCGCGCCCGCCGCGCAGCAGUUUCGCGAGAUGGAGAGGGGGUGCGACAUGCUCAUCGCCACCCCCGGGCGGUUGAUCGACCUGGUGGACCGCGCCAAGAUUUCCCUGGAGCGCAUCCAGUACCUCGCGCUCGACGAGGCGGACCGGAUGCUGGACAUGGGUUUCGAGCCGCAGAUUCGGCAGAUUGUCGAGCAGAGGGGCAUGCCCCCGCCGGGCGACCGCCAGACGAUGCUCUUCUCCGCCACCUUUCCCAAGGAGAUUCAGCGCAUGGCUUCGGACUUUCUCCAGGAUUACAUCUUCCUCACCGUCGGGCGAGUCGGUUCGUCGCACACGCUCAUCACGCAGACUAUCGAGUACGUCCAGUCGUACAACGACAAGUGCCAGAUGCUGAUGGACCUGGUGCACGCCGUCCAAGGUUUAACUCUGGUGUUUGUCGAGACGAAGCGAGGCGCGGACCAGCUCGAGGACUGGCUCAGCCAGCAGGGCUUCCCGUCGACGUCCAUUCACGGCGAUCGCACGCAGCAGGAGCGCGAGUGGGCGCUCAAGUCGUUCAGGUCGGGAAAGACGCCCAUCUUGGUCGCCACCGACGUCGCCGCCCGCGGCCUGGACAUCCCCCACGUCACGCACGUCAUCAACUUUGACCUGCCGUCCGACGUGGACGAUUACGUGCACAGGAUUGGACGCACCGGACGAGCGGGCAAGAAGGGUUUGGCCACCGCGUUUUUCACCGACAAGGAUUCCUCCCUCGCUCGGGGUCUCGUCGAGAUUCUCUCCGAGGCUAACCAGGACGUGCCCUCGUUCCUCAACGGGUUCGCGUCCCGCGGAUUUGGCGGCGGCGGCGGCAGGCGCGGCGGCGGCAGGCGCGGCGGGGGCGGCUUUGGCGGACGGGACUACCGCGGCGGCGGCGGCGGCGGCGGCGGCGGCGGGUACGGCGGCGGCGGGGGCGGCGGCUGGGGCGGCGGCGGCGGCGGCGGCGGCGGGUUCUCUCGCGGCGGCGGCGGCUACGGCGGCAGCGCCUGGGACUGAUGAGCCGGUCGGUCGGUCGGCGAAAAAAUAUUGUUGCAGGCGGCGGCGUUUCAAACGGAACGGCGACCUCGAAACCGGGGGGCCGCGCCAUUAUUAUCGGUUACGCCACAUUCUUUAAUUCACAAAUAUCAGCGACCC